AUGAUCCUUAGAACCGCUCUCUUUUAUAUCGCGCUCCCGAUCCUGCAAGCGGUAGCAGCCUGGCAGGUUCCCGCGGAAUAUGCCAUAACUCCGUCCUCUAAUGGUCGGUUCCUCCAGGAGCAUGAUGGGAAACCAUUUUUCUGGCAAGCGGACACAGCAUGGCUGUUAUUCCAUCGCCUGAACUUCAGUGAGGCUGAGACGUACUUGUCAGACCGAGCUAGCAAGGGAUUCACGAUGGUUCUGGCCGUUGGCUUCACCCAGGCAGGUAUCGAUAGUCCCAACAGGAAUGGUGACCUGCCUUUUAUAAACGAAGAUGUUACGAAGCCCAACGAGCCCUAUUGGACUUACGUCGAUUCAGUCGUUGAGCUGGCAUGGAGUAAAGGCAUUCGCAUCUGCAUGGUUCCUGCGUGGGGGAAAUAUGUGCAUAGCAGCGACAACUCGGGCAGUGUACUCAAUACGAGCACCGCAUAUCGAUUCGGGAAGUUUCUGGGCCAUCGAUACCCCUAUCUCCCAAAGACUCUCGUCGGCGACACCAACCCAUAUUGGCAAAACAAGACAGCCGUCAAGGCCGACUAUACGACCGGUGGCGCACUUCCAACUUACGAAGUCAUUGACUGGUCCCCGGUCUACGAUGACCUGGCAAAUGGCAUCGUCGCCGGCGAGCGACAAGCUAUUGCUGCAACAUCGGCCCAAAAUGCCACGAUGUGGUCGCCACUGAUGACAAUCCACCCGACAAACCAAUGGUUCACGGGCGGGCCGCUCGCACUCGCACACGCUUUCUUCGGAAACCGAGCAUGGCUUACCUUGGAUGCCAGCCAAUCUGGCCAUGCGGACUAUCCACCGAACCCUCCGAUUCCUUGGUGGAAUUGUCGCCGAGGGUGGGAGCCGGUCGAGCUCAUGUAUGCGGCGGGAUCCGUUCCUGGCGGUCGUGUGCGGCCAGUCAUUGAUAAUGAGGCGCACUAUGAGAACAGGUACAAUAAUGGCAAUAGCAGUGAGGCGUCAUGGAAUGCAAGUGAUGUGCGGAUUGGAAGUUGGCAAGCGGUGUUCUCGGGCGCAGCGGGCCUAACCUAUGGGGCAAACGCUAUUCAGCAGUGUGCUAUACCCGGCCUUUUCACCGAAGAUGGUAGUGGGCCAAGUGACAACUGGGUGGAGGAUUUAGUGCUGCCCGGAUCCAGCCAGAUGCAGUGGAUCAAGAAGGCUAUAAUGGACAGAGAGAAUACGACCUAUUUCACGCGUGUGCCAGCACAGGAUAUUAUCGUCGGAAAUGCCGGUACUGACGAUGCAAGGGUCACGGCGACGAGGGAUAGUGGCGGUUACUGGAUUAUGGUGUACACUCCCACGGGGAAGUCGUUCCAAAUUGAGACGAACAGUCUGAACUCGUGCAAUGUGCAGGCAAGCUGGUAUGAUCCGUUGGGUGGGACGUAUAGCACACUUAGUUACACUCAUUGUGGUGAAAGCUCGACCGUCAAGACGUUUGCACCGCCUACCACCAGUGGGCAUGCAGACUGGGUGCUGGUCCUGGACGUGGUACAUUAG